AAAUUUCUAUAUUUCUGGUGCAUUAUAAGUUAGCGAGCUAUGGAAGGCUUUGGCGAAGACGAGAUCGAGAGCAUCCUCUACAUCGGUCGAGAGGUCUCAGUAUUCAAGAUACCACCUCUCAAGAAGAAUGAAGGACACCGUGCGCAAGAGUGGGGCGAUUUGGGUAACCCGCUGUGGAAGGGUCGUCUGAGGAUCAUUGAGCGCAAGAGUGGUGUGGCGAUACAGUUUGAGGAUGUCAGCACCGUCGAAGUGUUCGCCAAGGCAGAGUAUGACCCCGCGAAACCUUCGGUGGAAGCUGUCCUUGACUCCUCAAGGUACUUUGUUGUGCGCGUAGAGGACGCAGGCAAGAGAGCCUACAUCGGGAUGGGCUUCCUGGAACGAACGGAUAGCUUUGAUUUCAACGUUGCACUGCAGGAUUACACAAAGCGAUGGCGACACAUGCAAAACCCCGAGACACCAGAGUCGGAAAAGCCUUCUCCCCACGUUCCUACUGGACCCAAGAAGGAUUACUCGCUAAAGGAGGGGCAGACAUUCUCUAUUUCAAUACCAGGGCGUGCAAAGGCGAACAAUACGACCAGCGCGACAUCUGAUCUCCUUGGCGGAGGUUCAGCAGCCUCGUCCUCCGGUGGUCCGGGUGUGCCGCUGCUACCCCCUCCUCCACCCGGUGCCCCGAGAAAGCGAUGAGGAUGGUGCUGCAGAUGCAUGUCACGAUAUUGAACGGAUGGUUAUGGAUUACCUCAAAGCCGUUGUCACCGUAGGCUUUAGUUAAUACAGGAAGGUAUCUCACGAAAUAUAGAACCAUUCGCACGAACAGC